AUGCUCACAAAACAAACCGGAUGGUUCGAUAUUCCACUCGAAAUUCGAGAAAUCAUCAUGAAUCAAAUGCCGUUGCAAUCUUUAUUGAGGUUUGGAGGAACAUGCACGAAGAGUCAAACGGAAUCGAGAAAUUCGAACAGCUAUUUUGAUACUAUUGUAUUCAGAGAUUAUUAUAUCAAUGAUCGAGUGACAAGAGUUCCAUUCAAAUAUUUUAUUAAGAUUGGAAAGGAGUUCUGUAUAGUGAUUGAAAAACUCGAUGAGAAUCGAAGUUUGGUGUUUGGUGAAAAUGGGGAAUCGAAUGACCGGAAAAUAUUAUGGAGUGAGAUUCGAGAGGAAAAUGUGGGCAAAGUGUGCUUGGCCAUUGUGAAAGAUUUUUUGGAUAGAAUUGGAAAAAGAUUGAGGAGAUUCGAAAUUUCAACAGGGGUGAGAAACAUUUUGAAUCUAGAAACGUAAUAAGCCUGGAAACCUAGCUCUAGAAGAUAGAAGAAUUUUUUUUUCAGAAUAGCAGAGUUCGCAGUCUUCUUGUCUUGAAUUUAAACUUGGCACAGCACAAUUAUAAAAAUCUUCAACAACUCAUAAUUUGGAAUGCUCAACGACAAAUAGAUCUGAUACAAUGUGGUUUUAUCGAUUUUGAAACAAUCAAAAAAAUCACUAGAUUGAUUGAAAUUCCAGCUACAAAUUUUAAAUUUGAUGAAUUGUUGCAAGUUAAAGCAAGUAUUAUCAAGAUAUAUUUGGGAGAGAUUCUAACAAUGGAAAAUAUUCGAUUGUUUAUCGAUUUAUGGAGGAAUGGAAAAAUCAAUCCAAAUUUCCAGUCAUUGGAAAUUCAAGCAUCGUAUAGAAGGUCAAUGCUCACUCGGAAAAUUGAAGUCGAUUAUAGAGAUUUAUUGCACCAGGAUAGAAUUUCUCAACAUUAUAAGGAGCUUGUUCAAUCAAGAAUAGAUCCAAAAGUGUUUCUUGCGAUCUAUUGUGGCGAUGCAGGGCUGGAUUUGAGAUUUUCGGAGAUAAAACAAGAUGAUUCGCGAUAUAAUUGGGCUUUUCGUCAAGAUUUUCAUCAUGAUUUUGAUGACGAUGACGAUGACGAUGAUGAUAAUGAUAAUGAUUGA